AGAAACAACUUCGAUCACAAUUGUAGGCACAACUUGUGCCACGAUGUUAAUAGCUUAUCUCGACCACCAGCGGCAGGACCAGUUGCAGUGGCUCGUCUCGGCCGGCGGAAGCAGCUCCGACGAGGCGAUCCUUUGCGCGCUCGGCGUCGAGGAAGCUGGGGACGUCGCCCUCUCGGCCCGCGACUUCGGUGGGGUGGUUUCGCUGUGGCCGGCGAGGUUCCUACGGCCGUCGACCGCCGACGACGUCGCGCGCGCGCUCCUCCUCGCGGCGCGCUCAGCGGGGCUCACCGUCGCCGCACGCGGAAACGGCCACUGCGUCGGCGGGCAGGCCAUGGCGGCCGGGGGGAUCGUCCUCGACAUGCGCGCUCUCGGCCCGCCGAUGUCCUUGGCCCCCGGAGGCGCCGCCGUUGAUGUCCCCGGCGGCGCGCUGUGGUCGGAGGUGCUGGAGUGGACAGUGCGCAACCACAGGAUGGCGCCGCCGUCAUGGACGGACUACCUCGGCCUCACCGUUGGCGGGACGCUGUCCAACGGCGGCGUCAGCGGGCAGUGCUUCCGGUACGGGCCGCAGGUCAACAACGUGGUGGAGAUGGAUGUGGUGACCACCGACGGCGAUCGCCGCCUAUGCUCCGCCUCCAUCAACUCCGACCUCUUCUUCGCCGUCCUCGGCGGCCUCGGCCAGUUCGGCGUCAUCACCCGCGCUCGUCUCGCCCUCCUCCCCGCCCCCAAAAUGGUGAGGUGGAGGAGGGUGGUGUACGCAGACUUGGAGACUUUCGCCAGCGACGCCGAGUGGCUGGUGACCCAACCCGACGCGUCAGCCUUCAACUACGUGGAGGGCUUUGCGUUCCUGAACGACGCGUCGGACCCGGCGAGUGGGUGGAACUCGGUGCCCAUUCUGCCCGGCUCGGCCUUCGACCCCGCCGACUUCCUGGCCGCCGCCGCCGCCUCGGUCCUCUACUGCCUCGAACUCGCCCUCUACUACGACGACCGCGUCGCCGACCGCGUCGACGAGCGAGAGGAGGAGCUACUGCGGCGGUUGCGGUACGUGAGGGCGGCGGAGUUUUCUGCGGACGUGGGCUACGUGGCGUUCCUGUCGCGGGUGGCGCCGGUGGAAGCGGAGGCGCGCGCCCGCGGGACGUGGGCGACGCCGCACCCCUGGCUCAACGUGUUCAUUUCCGCCAGCAACAUCGUCGAUUUCGACCGGAAUGUGUUCAAGCGCGUCCUCCUCGGAGGCAUCGGCGGGCCGAUGCUCGUCUACCCCUUGCGCCGGAGCAGGUGGGACGAGAGGAUGUCGGUGGCGCUGCCGGAGAGCGAGGUGUUUUACCUGGUGGCGCUGCUUCGGUUCAUCGCGCCGGGAGGAGGGGAGGCGGCGGCGGCGACAGCAGCGGCGGAGCAGAACAAGGAGAUCCUGCGCCACUGCCGGACCAAGGGAUACGACUUCAAAGUGUACAUCCCUCGAUACGAUAGCGAGGGCGACUGGGCGGCGCACUUUGGCCGAGAUUGGGGCCGCUUCGUGGAGAGAAAGCAGCGGUACGACCCGAUGGCCAUCCUCGCCCCAGGGCAGAACAUCUUCUCCCGGACCCGCCCGCUCGCCCUCGCCGCCAGCCAACCACCUGAAAUCAUCUCCGCGCUGCCGGCGAUCGUCGACGAUAGUAACGAUCGAUCGAUCGAGCUGCCCAAAACUCUCCGGCCGCCGACAAAAAUGAGCCUUCCGACAAUGAUUUGCAACGAGGGAUGGAUUAGAUUGCGAUAAGUUGACGUGGCAACGGGCGAUUGGUGGAUGUCACUUUCUUAAAUUUUUAUCAAGUUACUAUUUUUGUGCCGU